GCGGCUUCAACUGAAGAAGAAUAACAGACGUUGUCGUCGUUGCCGGUUUUUGUCAUCAGCGCUGUUUUGGUGUUUAGUGGAAUUUCGACGGAUAUACGGGUAUACGUGAUCGUUUUAUAGGCGCCUCCCACCCACUCCACCGCACGCGCCCGCCCCACUGAUAUGUGAAACGAGCUUUUUGCGUUUCAAGCUGGGACAAACAAAAGAAGCAAAGCAAAGCAACAACAAAAACUAUAGAUAACACAAAAUUAGCCACGCUUGUUUUUUCUGUCGCGCCAAUUCAAUUAAGUGCGAACAAAAGAAAGUCCAAGCCCAGGCCCAGUCCCAGUCCCGGCGACCAAGUGAUAAUCUAUCAAACAGACCACAAAAGCGUUUCCUAAUUAAACCCGAAACACACAAGCUCCGAAAAAGAAAGUCUACGCUGGACAGGCAUUACACAACAAGAGCGUGCAAUUGACCCCGGCCACGGAUCAUACGGAGCUGAGCACGUCAACCUAUUGCCUUAUCGCAGUACGCAAUAAGUGCCAAGUAAAAAAAACAACAGCUAUUCCACAACACAACUAUGACGACUGCGGUGAAAGUAAUCUUGGCCUGGUGUCUGGUGAGCGCGUUCGCCAUGCAAAUGAGCUCGUCUUCGGCCAUACCCAUUUGGGAGUUUUUGACACGCAGCGAAAAGAUGUCUUACCUGUACUCCACCUUUGCCCAGCUGGUUAGCGUGCACUGCAAGUCGACGGUGGGCGGCGGGCUCCCGGUGAAUCAAUGCAAGCACAAUCUGCUCGGCUACGGCUACGAGAAGCUGCAGACACUUUCCGAUGCGCAGCUGGAGGCACUCGAUCCCUAUCAGCGCGAUGCCAAUGAGCUGAUCUGGUCAUCGAUCAUGCGGGAGCAUCCAAGUGCCACGCUGAUCACCACGCGGAAACCGCUGCAGCCGGUGCCUACGCCGCCAGCCUCCUCGCUGAUCAUCCUCACCCACCAGCAACUGCCCCAGCAGCAGACGGCUGAGUCCAGCGCCAAUCCGCUCUUCGACAGCAACAACGAGCAGAAGCACCAGUAUGCCAUGGACAUGGAUAUGGCCUACGGCUAUGGCUCUUCCUCUCCAAUGCAUCCCCAGCAGCAGCAGGCCAGCAGCGAACUUCCAAUGGCCCUUGCCCUGACAGCAGAGCCGCCAAAGACCUACCUGAGCGGACCUCUGGUAUUCCGAUUGCGUCCCGAUGGCUCACCCGUGGAGGAGGACCAGAACCGGCCGCUGCCCCGCGACGAUGACCUGGACAUCUUUCGCCUGGGCCUGGCCGCAGCUGGAACCGGAGGCCGGCCGCGAUCCGCACUGCCCAACAGGCACCGAAAGAUUGCCACAAUCAGUGCCCUGAAGCAGCAGCACUUUGCCUCCAUACUGCAGCGCGAUCUGCAGCCCCCACACCAGAUACAGAGGCGCCUGUUCCGCCAGCAGAUGGCGUAAGAGCCACACGCCUGUUGUGGCUGGCCCUAGAUCUAAGCCUUUUGUGUGAUUGAAGGGAUUGAAUGUGAUACCAUAUAUAUCUGCGUGCAUGGCUGAAUGCGUGUGGUGGAGUGAAGGGGAGUGUGCCUGAGGACGAACCUCCCUCGUUUUAGAUGAGGAGGGGGAUCAGAUGGAGACACUUCUUGGAUGCACCUUGAGCUUUAAUGAAAGUUUAAGUUUUCUAUAAUUUUAUUUAUUCGCGUGCAUUAGCCGUAAGAUCAAAUACAAGUAGAGAUUCUUGAAUAAUAAACCGCAUAAUUAUUAUCAUUA